AGCCAAAAUUAGAUAGAACUAACUUCAAGUGACUAAAUGGACUAAAGUUAUCACAAGUUAUAACAGAUUUGUUGUUUAUUAAAAGGAACGAUAUAUUUAUUUGUACUAUUUUAUUGGUAUUUUGUUAUUAAUAUUAUUGUUUUUUAGAGUAUGUGAUACAAUUAUGUUAUGCAUUAUUCAAAAACGUAUAAUACAAAAAACAUACUGUUUAACACGACAGUUUACUUUAAGAGCUAUUUUAUAUCAAGAAAACCAAUCCGAAGAAUAUACAUUAACACCUGAAACAAAUUUUACAUCUAUACGAAGAGAAAAUGCUUCAUUUUUAAGAAUUGCAAUAAUUGGUGCACCAAAUGCUGGAAAAAGCACCCUUAUAAAUAGCCUUGUAGAUAGAUCUAUAUGUCCUACUUCGUCUAAAGUUCAUACAACCCAAACGAAAUGUGACGCAGUAUAUUCAUCAGAAAAUACUCAACUUGUUUUUGUUGAUACUCCUGGUCUUGUAACAAAACAUGAAAAAAAUAGAUAUAAAUUAAGUAACAGCUUUGAAGAUGACCCAAAGGCCUCCGCUAAUAUAGCAGAUAUUAUUGGAGUUGUACAUGAUGUAUCGAACAGGUACACCAGAAAUGUAUUACAUAGCAACGUUCUUAAUUUAUUGAAAUCUCUACAAUCAGAAAUACCUACGAUACUAAUUAUAAACAAAAUUGAUAAAUUAAAAGAUAAAACUAAAUUAUUGGAGAUCAUUAGAAUCCUUACAAGUAAGACAUAUUGGCCAAAUUUCUCUGAUGUAUUUUUAAUAUCUGCAUUAAAGUCUGAUGGUAUAAAUAAUUUAAAAGAGUAUUUAAUGUAUUCUGCUAAAUCUAAAAAUUGGCAGUAUAAUGAAGAAACUUAUACAGAUCAAUCAAUGGAAACAAUCAUAAAACAAACAGUACGUGCUAAACUAAUGGACUUUCUCCCUAAUGAAAUUCCUUACAUGUCACAUUUAACAUUAGAACAUUUGCAAAAAUCUUCAGAAGGAGGAAUAAUUGCUUCUGUUAUAAUAGAAAAUUCUACUAAAAAAAAGAGUUCUAUUAUAAUUGGUAAAAAUGCAGAACGUAUUAAACUUAUUGCACAAACAUGUGAGAAAGAACUACAAUAUGCAUUGCGAGCACCUGUUAAAUUAAUACUAUGUAUUAAAACAAAAAAAUUAACCUAACAUUUAUUUCUUCUAUUAUGUUUAUUUUUAUGA